AUGACUCUAGUAAAAAAAGCUGAGGAAAGCGUUCCCGGACAUGCCGCUCGUGAGAGAAGAAGUAAAAAGAAAGCUGAUUUUGUAUUCAUUGUUGAAGAACUAACUUCUGAUGAAGAACCCCUUACAAGUAUUGUUACUCCUAGAAUUGCCAAGAGACCGCAGAUACUUAAAGGAAAGACAAUUGUGUUUGAAUAUUCUCCCUCCAGGGAAGUGAAGAGAAAAGCUGGUGGUUUGAAAGGAACUCCUUCUAGAAGCUCCACAGGAAAAUAUCCUGUUGGACCUACUAGAUCAUGGAGUAAGGUUAUUACCCCUACUAGAAAGAGGGAAGCUGUCUCUUCUAGUGAAUCUGAGUCUGAUGUUGAAAAGGAUGUCCAAGACAUCACCCCUAUAAAGACAUAUGCUAACAAGAAGCCUCAUGCUGUUAUGCCAAAAGCUCCACUGGACAAUGCUUAUUUACAUUAUGUGAAGAAUGCAGAAAGGUGGAAGUAUGUCAUUCAGAGGAGGGUAGCCCUGGAAAGGGAACUGGAGAAGGAUUCCCUUAAGUGUAAAGAGGUCAUGGAACUGAUAGAAGUUGUUGGGAUGAUGAAGACUGUCACACACUUUGGACCUUGCUAUGAAAAUUUAGUAAAUGAGUUUGUGGUGACUAUCCCUGAUGGAUAUGAUGAUAUGAAAAAUGUUGAUUAUGGUAAAGUUUAUAUGAGAGGAAAUGUUGUAACAUUCUCCCCGACUGUGAUCAGUAAAUUUCUAGGAAGAACAAAUGUACCUCAGGCUGAGCUGGAAGCUACCGAUGAUCAGGUGUGCAAAGAGAUCACGACCAAGCAGGUCAGACAUUACCAAAACAAAGGGAAGCUGUCUGCUGGUAAGUUAAGUGUAAAAUAUGCCAUCCUUCAUAGGAUUGGGACUGCCAACUCGGUGCCCACUAAUCAUACAUCAACAAUCUCUAUUGGUCUUGGUAAAUUUAUUUAUGUUGUUGGUACAAAAAGAGCGUUUGACUUUGGAAAAUAUGUCUUUGAACAAGUGCUGAAACAUGCCUUCUCUACUACUAUAAAAAUGCCCAUCUGCUUUCCAUCCCUCAUCUGUGGAAUCAUCCUAAAUCAACAUCAUGGUAUUUUGCUGCCCAUUGACAGUGUGAAUAAAGGGAAUUUUCCCUUAUCACUACACUACAAACUCUUUGCAGGAGCACAUGUCCCAGGCAUUGUUAUGACAUCCUUUCAGGCACCUGACCCUUCCACCUCCAUAAAGAGUGUCAUUGUUCAGCUGAAGGAAACUUGUAAAGAGCUGGAGGGUUCCAUCAGAUCUAGCAUUGUAAUAGAGAUUAAACUGGAGACAUUAAUGAAGGAUAUGAUAGAAGAGGAGAAGAAGGAAGCGGUACAGGGUGGUGAUGGUAAUGAAGGAAAUGAUGAUGAAGAUUAUGCUGGUGAAAAUGAUGUUGAUGAAGAGAAAGAAGAUGAAGGAGAAGAGUAUGCAACAACUGACUCAGAUAGUCAGGAAGAUAUCUGA